AUGGGCAGCCCAGAUGCUUAUCUUCGGAAAGACUGGCAGAUCGUCCGUGGCAUCCCCAUGGUCUGCGCGUUCUCCUUUGACUGGGACAGGAUCGACCGUUUCCAGAGCAGGCCUGAUGAUAUCGUGAUAUCCACGUACCCCAAAUCUGGUGAGCGUUGCAUGGGGAACAGGACCACAUUGACAAUCCGCUGCCUUUUGAUGACCGCCUAAAAUUCGCUGUCUGGUGUGGCCCAUCUCGGUGUGUCUAACGGUGGCAGUCAGUUCCCAGAAGCCUGGUGGAACAAGGAAGUCCUCGCCUGCCGCCAGAAGGACAGCAAGGAGGGAGCCAGUCUAGUUUCUUCAGGGAGGGAGUUCCAGAGUCUGGGAGCAGCCACCAGGAAGGCCCUGCCCUGUAUCACACUUUCCUACACACUUACCCACCUAUUAACUUGCCCUGAUUACUCUAAUAUUAUUACACGGACACACUAUUAUUUAUAAACACCAGAACAUCACAAAGCCCAUGAGAGGAAGCCAACUCCUAGUGGCCAAGGGUUUUUCAGCCCCUCCCCAAUAAAAUAUUUGAUGGGCCAAGCUCUACCAAAGUUGAUGGGCAUUGCCAAUCAAAUGUUGUGCUCGCACUGCGUCACAUAAACGAUUAUGCUGGAUGGGGCUUUCCUGGGCCCCACCCCAAUAUUUUAUUCAGCUUGGCACUCCUGCACCCAUUCGCUGCCAUCGUUGCCCUCUAUGAGUUAGGAGGGCAGCUUCUGAAAUGUGUAGGUAGUAUAGAAGGCUCGCCUGUAAGGGGGCUUCCAUCUUGUACAAGAAUGCACAAGAAGACGCCAGGCUGCCAUUUUGUCCCCACUGCUCCACCCCCAUCUGUUUACACAUUUAGGGAAUGCCUGAAGAAGAGCGUGCCCUAUAGAACAGGCAUAGGCAAACUCCAGGCCUCCAGAUGUUUGGUACUACAAUUCCCAUAAUUCCUAACCACUGGUCCUAUUAGCUAGGGAUGAUGGGAAUUGUAGUCCCAAAACUUCUGGAGGGCCAGAGUUUGCCUAUGCCUGCUAUAGGGAGUUUGUGGCUCGAGUCAUGUAUGGCUGAGCAAGCCCUACAAGAAAAUAGUGAGACUUGCACCCUAGUAAGCACAUAUGGGGUUGAGCCACAUGGCUGUAACCUAUGCAUGUAAAUAGAUUUUAAUUAUUAGGAGCUUUUCGAGGGUUCCACAAAACACACCCUACAACCCACUGGCUGCAUAAAAGGUAAAGGGACUCCUGACCAUUAGGUCCAGUCGUGACCGACUCUGGGGUUGCGGUGCUCAUCUUGCUUUAUUGGCCAAGGGAGCCCACGUGCAGUUUCCAGGUCAUGUGGCCAGCAUGACUAAGCUGCUUCUGGCGAACCAGAGCAGCCCAUGGAAACGCCGUUUACCUUCCCGCCGGAGCGGUACCUAUUUAUCUACUUGCACUUUGAUGUGCUUUCGAACUGCUAGGUUGGCAGGAGCAGGGACUGAACAACGGGAGCUCACCCUGUCGCGGGGAUUCGAACUGCCGACCUUCUGAUCGGCAAGUCCUAGACUCUGUGGUUUAACCCACAGUGCUACCCGUGCCCCUUAGGACACCCCUAUUGAUCUUAAGGCAUUGGCUGGAGAUGUUUCAGCAGGUGUAUCAGCCCAUUUGGACUUCUGAGAAAAUUCCCUGUCUUACCUUUCGUUUCUGUUUGUUUGUUUGUUUCCAGGAACUACAUGGAUGAGUGAAAUUGUGGACAUGAUUAGGAAUGAUGGCGACCCCGACAAAAGCAAACGGGCAAUUUUCAAUAAAGUGCCCAUGCUGGAAUUUGCUGCCCCAGGAAAGAUGCCAGCAGGUAAACUUGCGUGCGAGUUACCGAGAGAACUUGCAUUUCAGAGAUCCGAGGUGAACAGGUAAAAAUUAAAGUGGGUGGAGGAAUAAGCAGUUUCCUCUGAGUUUGUGCUUUCCUAUCUUUUCUUGAUCUCUGGCCAAGGAUCAAAGCUCCUCUUCCCUGCCUUGAGGAAAGGGAGCAUAAAAGAAACCUGCAUUUCUGGCAGGUGAGUGAGACUAUUUUAUAUAUUUAGAUCACACGUAAUUUUCAGAAGGUGGUUUUCCCUCUUCAUAACAUCCAGCGCCCAAACUGGGAGAAAAAAGAGAAGUGGGAGCAGGUGCAGGGAGGAAGUUAGGAUGGUUGGGCCACCAUUGCUAUGCAUUUUAAGCAGUAUCAUGCCACUUUAAGCAGUCAUAAAAAAAAGUAAAGGGACCCCUGACCAUUAGGUCCAGUCGCGGCCGACUCUGGGGUUGCGGCGCUCAUCUCACUUUAUUGGCCGAGGGAGCCGGCGUACAGCUUCCAGUUCAUGUGGCCAGCAUGACUAAGCCGCUUCUGGCGAACCAGAGCAGCGCAUGGAAACACCGUUUACCUUCCCGCUGCAGUGGUACCUAUUUAUCUACUUGCACUUUGACGUGCUUUCGAACUGCUAGGUUGGCAGGAGCAGGGACCAAGCAGCGGUAGCUCACCCCGUCAUGGGGAUUCGAACUGCCGACUUUCUGAUCGGCAAGUCCUAGGCUCUGUGGUUUAGCCCACUGUGCCACCCGUGUCCCUUUAGCAGUCAUGGUUUCCUCAAGCAUUGUGGGAACUAUAGUUUGUUAAGGGUGCUGACAGCUCUUAGGAGGCCCGUUUCCUGCUCACAGAGCUACAAUUCUCAGAGUGGCUUAACAGCCUACACCUCUUCUUUGGGAAUUGUAGCACUGUGAAGGGGAUCGGGGCCUCCUAACAACUCUCAGCAGCACCCUUAACAAACUACAUUUCCCAUGAUGCCUUGGGGGAAGCCAUGACUGUUUAGUGAUUUGAUACUGGUUUAAAUGCAUAGCGCAAAUGGAGCCUCGACUACUUCUGCCUGAAAAUGAGUGACAUGACAGCUCACCUCACUUCAGACAACAGCCUAGCACUGUGAUCACUAGCAGUGGAGAUCAGGAGAGGCAUGUGCUGGAUUGGACCCAAGUCAAAGAAGUCUUAUCCUGGCUCUUGGACCAUCCUUAAGUGGACCUUCAGGAAAAGCCUGUAGACAAGGCAUAGGCAUUGGCUCUCCAGAUGUUUUGGGACUCCAACUCCCAUCAUCCCUAGCUAACAGGACCAGUGGUUAGGGAGGAUGGAAAUUGUAGUCUCAAAACAUCAUGCCAGGCUAUUGUCCAUGCUUUGUUGGGCUGAUAAGAGUCGUAGUCCAGCAACUGGAUAGCUCUGCAGGUUAUAGCGUGGUGCUGAUAAUGUCAAGGUUGCAGGUUCGGUCCCUGUAUGGGGCAGCUGAAUAUUCCAGCAUCGCAAGGGGUUGGACCAGAUGAUCCUUGGGGUCACCCACUCCACAAUUCUAUGAUUCUGUAACAUCGGCGAGCAUGGGGUAAAGGUGUGCUGGUCCUGGGGGCUAACCGAGAGGCGAGGUCCGAGUCCAGUCCGAGGUCGAUGGUGCGGUAUGGAGGCUGUCCAUCAAAGCUGUAGCUGGGUCCAAGGCAGGAAGUUGGGUGGGGUCAGGAACUCUGGCAGAAGAGCAGGAGAGGAUGCAGGCAGGAACAGGCUAGCAACAACGUUGCUCCCGCAAUCUGGGACUGGGGCUGGCUGGCUUUUAUCUGCCCCAAGGCAUAGGGUGGCCCUGGUCCACAGGUGACAUGCCUCUCCUGGCCUGGAGGCGAGCACUCCUCCUGCAGGAAUUUAGUUCCCUCCGCCUCUCUGCCCUGAGCCUCUGCAGCUCUGGAGAGGCUGGAGGGUGACCGGACUCAGAGGCCACCUUACCUUCCCCUGACAGGGCUGAGAGUGGAGCACCUGCAGGCAAUGGGUCCUCCAUCACCUCAGGGGCCAGAGCAGACUUGGCAGGUGCCUGCACCUGAGGAUCCAGCGUAGGUGAGGACCCUUCAGGCUCAGGCCCCAGCCCCGGCUCAGCUGGUUCUGGAGGUGGGGACUCCUGUGCAGGCUGGAAUUCUUCAGGUUCAGCCUCUGAGUCUGAAUCCCAGGCCAUCACAAAAGGUUUCCCGCAACUACCAUACUGAAAGCUUUUUCUAGUGAUCCAUGCAUUGUCUGAGUUGCUUUAGCCUACUGGUGCAAUGAAGUUUCCUUGGCCUGCAGGUCACAGAUCUCACCACAGUUCCCUCUUCUGCCCACAGCUAGGUAAUGACGGCCGACAGGAACAGUCAACUGUCCUUUAUGCCGCAGGUCAACUGUUCAACCAUAUUACCCAGUAACACUCUUUUGCUCACCAGGCACAGAACAAUUAACUCAGAUGCCAUCUCCUCGCCUGGUGAAGACCCACCUCCCAAUUGACCUCCUUCCCAAGUCCUUCUGGGAAAAUGGCUGCAAGGUAAUCCUACUGGGCACCAAUCCCACAAGGCAGCUAGUUUCAGAGUUUUGCAAAAAAAAAUCCACACCUAGUGUGAAAAACUACCAGUACAAUUUGGACUGUGUGUUUUCCCCCCUGCUUCCCUUCUAUGAAGAUGAUCUACGUGGCUCGCAACGCAAAGGAUGUCGCUGUCUCCUUUUACCACUUUGACUUGAUGAACAAGCUGCACCCAGACCCAGGUCCCUGGGAAAACUACCUGGAGAAAUUCAUGGCUGGAAAAGGCAAGUCUGCCCAUCCAUUCACCACUGUAUGUACUUAAACUUUUCACUUUCCCAGGAAACAUAAAGUAUUGUUAUGGGUUUGGGGCAGAGGGUCAGUUCAGCCUGUGAUCCUGCAUCCAGUGAGCUUUAUAAUUUAGUACAGUGGUACCUCGGGCUAAGUACUUAAUUCAUUCUGGAGGUCCGUUCUUAACCUGAAACUGUUCUUAACCUGAAGCACCACUUUAGCUAAUGGGGCUUCCUGCUGCUGCCAUGCCACCAGGGCACGAUUUCUGAUCUCAUCCUGAAGCAAAGUUCUUAACCCGAGGUACUAUUUCUGGGUUAGCGAGUCUGUAACCUGAAGCAUCUGUAACCUGAAGUGUGAGUAACCCGAGGUACCACUGUACAGGCAUGCCCAAAGUCCGUUUUGGGGGCCUAAUCCAGCCCCUUGGCCAGUUUUAUCCAGCAGUCAAAUUCUAAAAAAGCUCAACAACUUUGGUCGGCCCUCACGCAUGUUUACUUCAUCAAAUCCGGCCCUCUUUGAAAAAUGUUUGGGAACCUCUGAUCUGCUAAAACAGGGGUAGGCAACCUAAGGCCCAUGGCCACAAGCGGCCCGUGGGGGUCAUUUAACCGGCCCCUGAGCUGCCCCCAAACUGAGCCGCCCGCUCAGCGAGUCCCUGCCCGCCGUGCUAAACUGGCGCAGUGUAGUACGGGGACUCGCUUCCGCGGCACUGAAAAUUGUGUCUGUGCAGAAGCAGACACCGGAAAUUGUGGGUGCGCACUUACGUGCGCGUGUGAUCUGGUCCACAGAGGGAUCUUGGCUGGAGUGAACCGGCUCAGGCGAGGUAAACCUUGCUGACCCCUGUACUAGAAGAUGCUGCUCAAACCAGUUCCUUGGUUAAUAGCUAGCCAGUUAAGUGCUCUCAUCAGCAUCUCAAAGAAUGACCUAAGUGGUGGGGCACUCCAGGCAUUUAAGCUAUAAAGCCAGGAGAAAACUCUAUGUGUGUCAAAGCUGAGGAAUAUGUGGUUUAUAUUGUACUUAUCAUCAUCAUCCAGGUGUUAAGACUACAGGGAUUAGAUCCAGCACCUGUGGAUUACAGAUCUAUGUUGAUCCACCAUCUAUGUUGAUCCACCAUCUUCAUGCAGAAAUGCACAGGGAACGUCAGUGGAAUUAGGUUCUGAUCUCACAACCAUUUUAGCCUUGGUUUUCUUUAAGAUUUAAGUAAUGCUGCCAUAGAUGGAACUGGCCACACACAUGAUGGUGGACUGAAAUUAACCAGUGAUACUUAACCCUUGGAGCGGGGGCACAGGCCCCUUUGAGAAUCUGAUGAAAACUACAGACCCCAUCUCUUCAGAAAAAAUGCAAUUAUAAAUACAUACACACAAAGUUUUGCAUGCACUUAAUUUUAUUGCACUGGCAAACAUUUUUCCUUUUGUGUCCGGUGCACAGACCCCCCUGAAGCUCACAGGGUCCGUGGGCCACAUCUUAAGAACCCCUGGCCUAACUCACCCCUGGCCAAUCUAUUCUCAUGCUGCUGUGCCAAUAGCUGAUCUGGAGUAAUAUCAGAGCCUGCACAGCCCUGAGUGAGCCAGUGGAAACAGAAGGAAGCAGCGUGCAAGUUUUAUGAAAUGAAUGAAUGAAUAAGGCAGCAGUGGCUAGUCGAAAACUACUGCUACCACAAGCUGAGAUCAUUGUGAGAAUUGUCAUCGCGCCACUCCUUGGUGGGUGCGAUACUCUCCCCGAUGCUUUUCAACAUCUUUAUGCGCCCCCCCCCGCCCAGCUUGUCCGGAGUUUUGGGCUGGAUUGCCAUCAGUACACCGAUGACACCCAACUCUAUCUGUUGAUGGAUGGCCAUCCUGACUCGGCCCCGGACACACUGACCAGAUGUUUGGAAGCUGUGGCUGGAUGGUUACGUGGGAGCCGGUUGAAGCUAAAUCCUUCAAAGACAGAGGUCCUGUGGCUGGGACGGGACAAUAUGGAAUUGGGGGGGCAACUCCCAUCUCUUGCGGGGGCGCAAUUAGUGCCAGCACCAUCCGUUAAGAGUUUGGGUGUAAUCUUCGACACCUCCCUUUCCAUGGAGGCGCAGAUUGCAGCUAUAACAAAGGCGGCAUUUUUCCAUCUCUGCCAAGCUAAGCAGUUGGCUCCUUACCUCUCUCGCCCUGACCUAGCCACUGUGAUCCACGCGACGGUCACCUCCAGACUGGAUUAUUGUAACUCGCUCUACGUGGGGCUGCCCUUGAGACUAGCCCAGAAACUCCAGCGGGUGCAGAAUGCCGCAGCAAGACUCCUUACGGGGUCCUCGCUGUGAGAUCGCAUUCACCCAGUGCUAUACCAGCUGCACUGGCUCCCGGUGGAGUACAGGAUCAGGUUUAAGGCGCUGGUUUUAACCUUUAAAGCCCUAUACGGCUUAGGACCCUCAUAUCUACGGGACCACCUCUCCUGGUAUGUCCCACAGAGAAACUUACGGUCUUCAAAUAAAAACAUCUUGAAGGUCCCAGGCCACAGAGAGGUUAGGCUGGCCUCAACUAGAGCCAGGGCUUUUUCGGCUGUGGCUCCGAUCUGGUGGAACACUCUGUCACAAGAGACUAGGGCCCUGCGGGACUUGACAUCUUUCCGCAGGGCCUGCAAGACAGAGCUGUUCCACCAGGCCUUUGGCCAGGGCACAGCCUGACUCCCUCCCUCGGCAAUCUUCGCGGAGCUCUGGCCCAAUGGUUGCCAGUGGCUUGAUUUGAAUCAAUUUUAUAAUGAAUGAUUUUAGAGUGUUGUGUUGUGUUGUACUGUUGUACUGUUUUAUUGUUGUUAGCCGCCCUGAGCCCGGCUUUGGCUGGGGAGGGCGGGAUAUAAAUAAAAUUUAUUAUUAUUAUUAUUAUUAUUAUUAUGUGCGGUUUUUUUCAGUGAUCUUUACAACAACCCUGGGAGGUGGGCCAGCAUCAUUCCCUCUAUUUUGCAGAUGGGGAGUUGAGGCUGAGAAAAGUGUGGCUUGCUUAAAGCCCCCUAGCAAAUAUGUAACUGAGACAGGAUUAGGUCUGGGGACUUCUCUGUUUACAAUUUAGCCAAUAGGCCCUUGUAUUCUAUUACAAGAUUCAACUUGUUAGGGUUUUUUUUUUAAUAUAUAAAAACCAUCUAUUAUUUCCCCACUUCUCUGCUCUUUCUCAAAAUUUAGUGGCUUUUGGAUCCUGGUAUGACCAUGUGAAAAGCUGGUGGGAUAAGAGGAACGACCACCCCAUCCUAUACCUGUUUUAUGAAGACAUGAAAGAGGUAGGAGCCAACAGGAUAAGCCCCUGAGGUUAUUUUAUGUGACAUAUUGGAAGAAGCAAAUCUUGCAGGGGAUUAUAUGCGGUAUAAUUUUUGUUUUUAAAAGUGUGGAAAAUCUUAAGAAUUGCCUUCCUGACUCGGGCCAAGGGUCCAAAAAAAAAAGAUAAUGGGUGUCUUUCAUUUUCUCCUGUGUGGGGUUUUAUAUAUUCAGCAAAGCUUGCUGAAUUAGAAGCACAAUUGCUUCAUCAAAUACCCAAGAACCAUCAAAAUGCUGAUCUAUUUCAACACCGUUUCCCACAGGAUCCAAAGCGCGAGAUAAAGAAAGUGGUACAUUUCUUGGGAAAGAACCUGGAAGAUUCUGCUGUGGAUAAGAUUGCCUACAACACAUCCUUUGAACUGAUGAAGCACAAUCCUGCCACAAACUAUAGGAUGGCUCCAGCUGCCAUGAUGGACCACAGCAUCUCCCCAUUUAUGCGCAAAGGUAAAAGACUUGCAUCGUCCUCUCUGACCACCGUUCCGUAAAGAUUUAGGAUCAUGAACAGAUCAGUAACUGACUUCGGUUUUUUUUAUUAUUAUUGAUUAAUUAACCACCCCGAUUCAACUGAACAAUAAAUCUGAAUAGUACCAAAACCUCAAUAUUGGUACUAGAAGGAAAAGCCAUAAAUACAGAAAAAGAGUUCUGCUGGAUUAGGCCAUUGGCCCAGCAUUCUGUUCUUGCAGUGGCCAGCCAGGUGACUGCAAGAAACCUGAACGCAGGACCUGAGGACAAUAGCACUCCCCGCUUCUGAGAUUUCCAGCAACUGGUAUUCAGAAGCAUUCCUGCCUCUAACUGUGGGAGUAAAAAGGUAAAGGGACCCCUGUCCAUUAGGUCCAGUCUUGGACGACUCUGGGGUUGCGGCGCUCAUCUCGCUUUAUUGGCCGAGGGAGCCAGCGUAAACCUUCCGGGUUGUGGCCAGCAUGACUAAGCCGCUUCUGCCGAACCAGAGCAGCUUCCUGCCGGAGUGGUACCUAUUUAUCUACUUGCACUUUGACGUGCUUUCGAACUGCUAGGUUGGCAGGAGCAGGGACCGAGCAACGGGAGCUCAACCCGUCGUGGGGAUUCGAACUGCCAACCUUCUGAUCGGCAAGUCCUAGGCUCUGUGGUUUAACCCACAGCACCAUCCGUGUCCCUCUGCUCUACAGUUAGAAGACACCAUGUCAGUCAUCUAGUCCAUGGGUAGGCAAAUUAAGGCCUGGGGGCCAGAUGCGGCCUAAUCGCCUUCUAAAUCUGGCCCAUGGACAGUCCAGGAAUCAGCGUGUUUUUACAUGAGUAGAAUGUGUCCUUGUCCAUGGAGUUUUCUUGGCAGGGAUUAUGGAGCUGGAGGAGACUCUUGAGAGUCCCAUGGACUGCAAGAAGAUCAAACCUAUCCAUUCUUAAGGAAAUCAGCCCUGAGUGCUCACUGGAAGGACAGAUCCUGAAGCUGACGCUCCAGUACUUUGGCCACCUCAUGAGAAGAGAAGACUCCCUGGGAAAGACCCUGAUGUUGGGAAAGAUGGAGGGCACAAGGAGAAGGGGACGAAGGAGGACGAGAUGGUUGGACAGUGUUCUCGAAGCUACCAGCAUGAGUUUGACCAAACUGCGGGAGGCAGUGGAAGACAGGAGUGCCUGGCGUGUUCUGGUCCAUGGGGUCAUGAAGAGUCGGACAUGACUAAAUGACUAAACAACAACAACAAAGAAUGUGUCCUUUUAUUUAAAAUGCAUCUCUGGGUUAUUUGUGGGGCAUAGUAAUUCGUUCAUUCCCCCCCUCCAAAAACAAUAUUGUCUGGCCCCCCACAAGGUCUGAGCGACAAUGGUCCAGCCCCCUGCUGAAGAAGUUUGCUGACCCCUGAUUCUAGUCUAACCCCCUGCAAUUCAGGGAUUCAGGCUUGAACCCACAGCCCUAAGAUUAAGAAUCUCAUGUUGUACCUAUUGAGCUAUCCUAGCUAAAGUAAACAGGUGGCCCAUUACCUUCCAGCCUGACUAAAACUGGCUUUUACCAAAUAAAACGUAUCUUUGCUGAUUAAAACGUCAGUUGAUUAAUCUACCACCGGGAGCUCUCAACUAUCCACCCUUUUUUAAAUGACUGAAUCUUCCAGAGAGCUCGUGAACAUCUGAUUCAUAUUCUUCUUUCUUCUAGGGAUCGCUGGAGACUGGAAAAAUCACUUUACAGUGGCUCAGAAUGAGGUAUUUGAUGAAGAUUAUAAGAGGAAAAUGGUGGACACAACGUUGCGAUUCCGAAUGGAGAUCUGA